CAGGCAGUAUAUCUGAGAGGUGGUUCAGUUUCUUGUCAGUUUAAUCAACAACAACAAUCCCCUUAAAAUACAAGCAAGAAGAGCCUCCUCUGUCCUGUCAGUUGUGUGAUUUUGAUAACUUGGACAUCUAUUGUGUGAUCUUCUCCUGCAGUAUAAUGGUGUUGCUGUUGAAGCCGUACAUCAGUGUCCUUCUGCUGCUUCACUUCAGACAACAACUAUUGGCUCAAAACAGUGAAGCUAAAGGAGAGAAGGGAGAUCGAGGAUUACAGGGGCCACCAGGUAAUGCAGGACCACCUGGACCACAUGGACUUAAAGGAGACAGAGGAGACCCAGGCUCACCUGGCCUUACAUGUGUGCAGGGACCACCUGGCAUACCUGGCCUAAAAGGGGAACAAGGAGUGGGACUACCUGGUUUACUUGGUUCUCCUGGCCUAAAAGGUGAGCAGGGACAACCUGGUGCACCUGGUCUAAAUGGUUUUCCUGGCGUACCUGGCCUUAAAGGUCAGCGGGGAGUGGGACAAUCUGGCUUUCCUGGUAACCCUGGCACCCCUGGCAGACCUGGCACCCCUGGCACACCUGGUAACCCUGGCACACCUGGUAACCCUGGCACACCUGGUAACCCUGGCCGAAUAGGCACUGGAGGUGAUUUCACAUACCUAAAAUCUCUAAUUCAAGAUCUAUCUGCUACAAUUGUCAUGAUGGAGAAAGCCGCGAGUUUUGGUACAUUCAGAAAAGUCGGGGAGAAAUAUUUUGUUUAUGAUGGGAUUGUGAAAACAUUUGAUGAGGGGAUUCAAAUCUGCAAGGAAGUUGGUGGAACGAUUGCUUUAGCAAGAAAUGCUGUUGAAAAUCAAGCUUUACUUAAAGUAGUGAUAGCCAGUGGUUUAAGUAAAAAGCCAUUCAUUGGAGUCACAGACAGAGAUAAAGAGGGACAGUUUGUGGACAUUGAUGGUAAACUCUUGACUUUUACCAACUGGGCUUUUGGUCAACCUCAUAAUUAUAAGAAAACACAACACUGUGGUACAAUUAUAUUGGAGUCUGGACUUUGGGAUGUUGCCAGUUGUUAUCAACCACGUCCUAUUAUGUGUGAAAUAGUAAAAAAUAGCAUAGCAACACAUGAAUAGUGAAUUUUAGUGUGCAUCAAACUUAAAUCAAGAAAACUAAUUUCAGUGAACUGGCUGGCUUUUAUGCAUUGUCAUGUGGGCUUUAGAAUAAUUAUGAUAAAAACUGAUCUGUCACAUUUAAAGAUAAUUACAUUUUGCUUACAGUCCCAACAAUGUUUGUUUAUGAAUUUGCAAAACAUUAGCAUCCUCUCUAAGUUAUUGAAAUUAUCAUAGUUCUUAGUUCAACUCAAAUGCUCAAAUACUUUAUUCAGUAAGAUGUCUUCAUUGAAACAAAUAGUUUUCUAUAUAAAAGAUUAUUAAAUUACUGUGCAUAAAUAUAUGCAAGUUUGUCUGUUCACCUUUUCAUGAGGCAGAUAUGUUGCAGCAUUGCAAUCCUCAUGGGACUAAUGUUGGAUUUUGGUAAUUUAUGUUCAAUUAAGCAAUAAAGAAAAUGCUAUCUAUCUAAAUCUUAGUUCUGACUACAGAUAAAUUGUAUGGCUGUGUCACAUCAUGUAGGAAAUGUAUAUAAACUCUAGAGUUACAUCAAUGUUUAUUUGCAACAUUUUGUAAAAGGAAUUUCUCUGUUCCCGAAAACACGUCCAGUGGAUUUAAAUUAGGUUUUAACUCAUUCAUCGCCAGAUAUUUUUUGAAAUGUUGCCAACCAGCAUUUUUGUGAUUUCUUCAAAAGUUUCUUCUAAACAAAUAUAAUCAUACAAAAUAUAUCAAAUGAAAGAACAGACCCUCUGCUUUCAAACAAACA